AUGGCUGAAAAUUUUGCUCAACUUCUUUCCCUCUACGACGGUCUGAUUAGAGCCCCCACCAGCGAAAGGGCGUUGCACAACCAGUUGUGGGUUGAGCGCGCAAUAUUCGUUGCCUGGGGGCGAGCAGUCGGCCUUUGCGCUGAUGCUCGUUCGAAGCCGUUGGCAAGUGAUUUCGACAAUGGGGAUCUAUUAUGUGCAGUGGAGAUUACCAUGAAUAGUGUAGUGGAGGUGUGCGCCGAUAGAACCACGGCCUGGAGGAACUUUGGUGUGAGGAAGGGUGGGAGGGGACUUUUUCGAAAGUUCCUUUGGAAGACUACUGAGGGGGAGGACGAAGCAUGGGAGAUCGCAGAUGGGAGGAAGUUCAAGGACCUAGUGGACGAGCUGAAGAGAGUCAACUGUGAUCUGGAGAGGAUUGUUUCCAGGAAUUGUGUCUCGGCGCAUCCGGCGGAACCGGAAUUCGAAGACGAGGAUAGGGAGGAAGAGGAAGAAGGAUCGGAGGAGGAUGCAAUGGCUGGAAUCCCACCGCCAGCAUAUUACCACCCCGCCUCCGCGCCGCCAUCUCCACCAGCCUCCAGUCCUCCGUCACCAUCACCAUCACGAUCGCCGUCCCCGCCUCCCUCAAACCGCCACAAAACCCGCCGCAUCAGAGACCUUCCUCCCGCCCUCGCGGUCCUCCUUACAACCUACAACAUGACGGUGCGAACCUAUGGACCCUCCGCGCCACAGGCCCUCUCCAUCGAGGACCUCCUCUGGCACAACCACUUUUCCCAAUAUCGUGCCUUCUCCGCUGCCCACACCGCACAAAUAACCCACGGCCGCGACAGCCCGGAAACCAUCCGGGCGCUACACUCCCUCGCACGCAACCUCUCCGACAAACAGGACUUCGCUAUGGCACUCGCACUCUACACAAUCUGCCUCUCCCGUGAGACCCGCGUGUACGGUAAUAUGCACCCGCAAACACUCCGGUCAAUGUCCGGCCUCGCUUUCGCCUACCAGAACGUCGGAAAGGACGAGGAUGCGUUGGAAAUGUACGAGCGAGCGUUGAGUGGAUGGGGAGGCGUGGUCAAUGUGUAUACCGUGCGGGCCAGGAUUAAUGUUGCCAGUAUAUAUGCCGACAAUAGACGAUUCGGAGAUGCCGAGGAAGUGCUGAGGCGCACCGUGCAAGAGGCUGGAGGCAAACUCGGGAGUGGGCAUGAGAGCACUAAACUAGCAUUGCACAACCUUGGAUUCUUGCUCAGGGCCCUGGGGAGGGGUGGGGAGGCCACAGGAGUUUGUGAGUGCGGGGAGUGGGAACACGAGUGGGUGGACUGUCCGCUGCAGAGAAGGUGAUGUUCCAUAUGUUGGAGGGAUGACGGGAAAGGGGAGUUCGAUUCUUUGUUUGUAUGUUUCGAGAUAUAUUUUGACAAUCGGUUUCCUUAC